CUUUAGGCUGCCUUGUUAUGCUGGGAAGACACAUGAGCAUGGGAGGCCUUUGGCUUUGGAUGCUGGGUCUGCUCUCUUUGCCAGGUUUGGUCCUAGGAGUGCCCUUAGCUUCCAGUUGCCCUGGAGCCUGUGAGUCCAAUUUCCUUGAAGACCUUGCUCCUGAGGAGAGGCAGACAUCCUGGGACAAGGACAUUCCUGCAAUUAACCAAGGGCUUAUCCCGGAAGAAAGCCCAGAAAAUAGCUUCCUUGUUGAGGGUGACAUCCUCCGACCGAGUCCCUUCCAGCUGCUAUCAGCUUCUAGUAACAAGUGGCCCAAGAAUGGGGAUGUUGUAGAGAUCCCCUUCCUGCUCUCCAGCAAAUAUGAUGAGCCUAGCCUCAAGAUCAUUCUGGAGGCCUUUGCUGACUUUGAACGCCUCACAUGCAUCAGGUUUGUCCCCUACCAGGGCCAGAGAGACUUCAUCUCCAUCAUCCCCAUGUCAGGGUGCUUCUCUAGUGUGGGGCGCAAUGGAGGGAUGCAGGUGGUGUCCCUGGCACCCACCUGUCUUCGCAGAGGCAAGGGCAUUGUGCUGCAUGAGCUUAUGCACGUGCUGGGUUUCUGGCAUGAGCAUGCUCGGGCUGACAGGGACAGCUAUAUCCGAAUCAACUGGAAAGAGAUCCUCCCAGGCUUUGCAAUCAACUUUGUCAAGUCUCGGAGUAGCAACAUGCUGGUGCCCUAUGACUACUCCUCCGUGAUGCACUAUGGGAGGUUUGCCUUCAGCUGGCGUGGGCUGCCCACCAUUGUGCCACUCUGGGCCCCCAAUGUCCACAUUGGGCAGCGAUGGAACCUGAGCGCCUCAGAUAUCACCCGGGUCCUCAAGCUUUAUGACUGCAGCCCCCAUGGCUAUGAUCUUCAAGUGAGAGGGUUCCCAGCUCCCAGCAUCAAGAGCCCCACUCCUGCCUCUAGAGCAUCUCUGCAACAACUUCUGAAGGCACUGUUGGUAGAGUCCAGCAGGCCCGAACUCAGAAACUCUAGGACUGCAGGCCAGGUUGUUGCUGCAGUGCCUGGAGAAGAGAGCCCACCUAGAUGGGCACCUCCUGCCCUGAGGAACUUUGGUGAGGAGGCCUCUGCAAGGCCACCUCCGACUCCUGAUUACUCCCCAAGAUCCAAGUCUGGAGCAGGAGUUCCUGCUGCUGCUCUGGGGCAGCAGUCUUGGCCUGUCCAAGUACCCAUGGGCCCCCCACCUCCCCCUCUGGAUGUGGAAGAGCAGCUAGCACCUAUCCAGGCUGCUUUGGCGAAUCCAGCUCUGCCUGAAGCUCAUGCAUCUGGUGGUUUCUUCAGGGGGCUUCCCAGAAGUCAGGCCUGUGACUUCUGCCGCCAAGUGGGGAGCGUAUCCUCUGUCCAGAACAGCCUGGUUGCACAACCUUUGGCCCCUCUGGACAAUACCCCUGUCUUUUAGUCCCAUUCUGAUUACUUUCUCUGAGACCCAGGACUCUCCAUUUCCCCCCUUGUCCUUAUUGUUUUUCCAAGGGUUCUUGGGUCAGAGGGUCCCUCAAAGUCUGUCAGGGGAAGGCAGGGAGACCUGCUCUUGGCUUCUGCCCUGGUGGAUGCUGGGAAUGGUCUGGAAUUCUCCAGGGCUCCAGGGAGAGAGGUCUGGAGGAGACAAGUAGAGAAUGUUCCAACUUGAAGGACUCUAGAACCCAAACCCCUAACAUGGCCUAAUGGUACUGCCCCAGCCUUUUCUGUAAGCCAGGCCUUGGGUGGGGAGCCCCAUGCCUGGGACUGCAGGAACUAGCAGGUCUCUUUUCCCUAAUGCCUGAGUGCUAGAAAUGCUCUGUUGCCAGGAGCUUUCAGAGUUCACUUCUCUGAAGGGCAAGAAGGCUUGGGUUUCCACCAAUGGGGAGGUAUAGGGUAUAGUGGGGAAAGUCCCCUGAACACCACUCAGAACUCGUUUUUACCUUACUUGUCUUUCUUCAGUCAAGCCCCACUCUUCCUUCCUCGGUUCCUGUGAAGUUAGCUCCAGCCAUGUAAACAUCUGCAGGGUGCCAGAGAGUGGGCCUGGACCAGGAGCUCUGGUGUGAGAGCAGUUGCGUCUUGAGGCCAGAAGGAAACCCUGCUUUUGGGGUGAGGGAAAAGUCUGGCCUCUCCCAGGGUUCUAGGCUUCUCAGGAUGUUUUUGGGUGAAAGAAAUAAAAUUGGGUUCUUGCUGCAGAAGUUGGGUUCCAGGCUAUGCUGACUACAUACCUGAGUGCCUUUAUUUCUCCUGACUGCUGGGUAGUGGGAUGCUCAGGUGCUUGUACCCAUUUUUCAGAA